CAAACUUUCUCUCUCUUCUCCAAAUACAUAUUAAGACAGUAUUUUAUACUUUCUACAAUUAUUUUAUUUUAUUUUAAAAUCACUCACACCACAAACAACAAAAUUCAUAUAAGAUAUCUUCUAUAAAUUCUUUUUGUGCAGGAUGUUGUGGUGAUUUGAGCAAGAGAUAAUUAAGCAUGCGUAGCUAGCUUAGCUAGAAACAAGAAAGCAUAUAUAUAAUAUGGAUCCACUGUUUGGGCGUAAUUUUGCAGACAAGAGCAAAGAAAAGCUUCUCAUCUUAGGCAGCUUUAAGGGAGUAAACGACGACGCUGAGGAAAGAAGAUGGGGAUGUUGUACGUGUUUCACAUCGAUGAAGAAAAAGAUGAACAAGUUACUGAAUGAGUCGGUGGAUUUCGCCGGGAAAGCAUGGCAAAUGGGCCGGAUCGAUCCACGAAAACCCAUCUACGCCAUGAAAAUGGGCCUCGCAAUGGCCUUAGUUUCCUUGCUCAUUUUCUGGAAAGAUUCCUAUCAUAAUAUAGAUCAGUACUCUGUCUGGGCAAUCCUCACCGUCAUCGUCAUGUUCGAGUUUAGCAUAGGUGCCACUUUGAUCAAAGGGUUUAAUCGUGGACUGGGAACGUUGAUCGCUGGAAUACUGGCUUUCUUCUUUGCUCAGCUCUCUUUACUGGCUGGGAAGCGGGGUGACAUUGUAAUUGUCAUAAGCAUCUUUGUAGUAGCAUUUUUUGCGUCGUAUUUGAGAUUGUACCCAACAAUGAAGCCAUACGACUACGGGUACCGAGUGUUCGUGAUAACGUUCUGUAUUCUAAUGCUUGCUGGGAAUAGAACUGGGCAGUACAACGAGGCAGUAAUUUCUAGGUUGGUGCUGAUCGCUUUGGGAGCUGGCGUUUGCUUCGUUGUUAACAUUUGUAUAUUUCCAAUUUGGUCUGGGGAAGAUCUGCAUAGCUUAGUGGUUAAAAAUUUCAAAGGCGUUGCUUCUUCUUUAGAAGGUUGUGUAAAAGGGUACCUAGAAUGCGUUGAGUACGAGAGAAUACCCUCCAAGAUUCUUACGUACCAAGCUGCAGAGGACCCACUCUACAAGGGGUACCGAACGGUGGUACAGUCUUCAAGCCAAGAGGAAACUCUGCUGGAGUUUGCAGUAUGGGAACCACCUCAUGGACGUUACCGGAUGUACCAAUACCCUUGGGAGAACUAUGUCAAAGUGAGUGGCGCCGUCAGACACUGCGCCUUCACCGUCAUGGCCCUUCACGGCUGCAUUCUUUCUGAGAUACAGGCUCCCGCUGAGAGAAGACAAGUGUUUCGUAGUGAGCUUCAAAGGGUUGGAGUAGAGGGCGCCAAAGUCCUUCGGCUACUCGGAAAUAAGGUAGAGAACAUGGAGAAGCUUGGCGUCGGGUCUGAAGACAUACUCCAUGAGGUUCACAUAGCAGCAGAGCAGUUGCAGAAGAAGAUUGACCAAAGAUCUUACCUUCUAGUCAAUUCAGAGAGUUGGGAAAUCGGAGGACGUUCUACUAUUGAUCAUGAUCAUGUUCAACUCGAACUCGAACAAGACCAAAACAUUUCUAAGGAUGAGCAUCAUAAUGACAGUAGUAUAAAUUAUAAUUUUGGGCAGCUGGGUUUUAAGUCAUUGAGCGAGACAAUACUUAAUCUAGGGUCAGUCACAAUGAGUACUCACACACCUACUGGGGCUGUGUUGAAUCAGGAGGACUGUGAUUCUGAUCAUCUACAAUAUCAAACAAUGUCUUCAGAAGAGUUGACUAAACAAACGUCGUGGCCAUUACAGUUGUCAUUUGGUAAUGGUGAGAGGGUGGGAAACGAAGAUGUUAAUAAUGAGAGCAAGACCUAUCAGAGCGCGAGUGCUUUGUCUCUGGCUACAUUCGCUUCACUUUUGAUUGAGUUUGUGGCUAGGCUUCAGAAUGUGGUUGACUCCUUUGAAGAACUUAGUGAGAAGGCGGGGUUUAGAGAUCCCAAGGUUAUGAUCACGUACGCCAAUUGAAAAGAAUGGGUUCUCUGGGUUUUCUGAUAAAUUCACUCAGUGCUUGCUUCGGCUUCAAAAGUUGAGUUUUAUAAAUAUAUAUAUAUAUAUAUGUUUAAUGAUCUCAUGUAUGCAGAUCAUUCAUUGUGAGGUAUAUGAUGCUCACCAAACUAAAAAAGAAUUGAUAUCAAUGAAUAUGAACCGGGUUGCGUUGCAUAUAUUUUCCUUUUA